CCGGGGCGCCGAGACCAGGCGCAGCUCGAGCGCUUUCCGCGGGGUUUGGCUCCUGUCGCUUCCCGUCUCGCCGAACCCGCACCGCCGCCGCCCGAGCCGCCACGAGUCCUCGGGGCCGGGCUGCGGACGGCCAGGGACGCCUGGAGGGGGCGCGGAGCCGGCGGUUCUGAGGCGCCGACGCAGAUGAAAAGAAGUGAAAAGUUGAUAACAAAAAAUCACAAUCAAGAAGACAUAAGUAUUCUUCAUUGUUGGAAAUGUAGAAAAUGUAUAGCAAGUUCUGGUUGUUUCAUGAAAUACCUUGAGAAUCAAGUAAGGUGAGAUCAAUAUGAUUCAGCUAAUUAAUGGUCAAAACAUUUGUCAUGUGUGGCACAUGAAUGCAGAAACACUUCCGGAAUGUGUGAACUGCAUAAUAGAAAAAGCCCAGUGGACAGUCGGAAAACUGAAUUGCCCUUUCUGUGGGGCCCAUUUAGGGGGCUUUAAUUUUGUCAGCACUCCAAAAUGUUCCUGUGGCCAGCUUGCAGCUGUACAUCUCUCCAAGAGCCGGACCGAUUAUCAGCCAACACGGACAGGCCAACUAAUGAGCACACAUCCUAGAGUUCAGUCAGGUUGUGACAAGGAAACUCUGCUGACAGGUGGUGCCUCCAAAAACAGAAAUCACAGGCUUUUAAACAUGGCCCAAAAUAAUGGUGGUCCUGGAAGAUUAACAGAAGCACUCUGCUUGGAGGUACGGUCAACAUAUUUUGAGAUGAAGAAUGGAAAACUGCUUUUUAAAGCAUCAGAUCCAAAAUACCAGCUUUUUGUUCCCCAGCUUGUGAGUGGCAGAUGCACUACAAGAUCUUUUCAUAGAAAAUCACAUAGCUUGGAUCUGAACAUCAAUGAGAAACUGACUUUAUUACCCACUUUAUAUGAAAUACAUAGUAAGACUACUGCCUAUCCCAGGCUAAAUGAAACACAGCCUAUUCACCUUUCGGGCUUGCCUUUAGAAUCUAGUAAAAAUAACUGCUCUUUUCACAUUUCAUCCAGUUUUGAUCCUAAUAUGCUGCUGCAAAAAUUUUCAGUGGCUCCCCGUGAUACCCAGACACAAAGAGGAGGAGAAUUUCAGUGUGGUCUGGAAGCUUCUGCAGUGUACUCUGACCAUGCUAGUUCUAACAACCUGACUUUUCUGAUGGACCUGCCCUCAGCUGGCAGGAGCAUGCUGGAGGCCACCUCCUUGGACCAGGAAGAGCACCCCUCUCCUCUGGACCUACUGCACUCAGGCAACUUUUCAUUGGGUGCUAUUAAUCAGAGGCUUAAUAAAAGAGAAAGAAGCAAGUUGAACCUGAGAAGGAAACACCAAAGGCAUGAAAGAUGGCUGCAAAAGCAGGGUAAAUACCCAGGAGUGAGAUUGCUGGAUCAUAUGACUUUGAAUAAUGAGAUGAGUACAGAUGAUGACAAUGAAUAUGCAGAAGAAAAGGAAAGCUACAUCUGUGCAGUGUGUCUGGAUGUUUAUUUCAACCCAUACAUGUGUUACCCUUGCCAUCAUAUCUUCUGUGAGCCCUGCUUACGGACUCUUGCCAAAGACAACCCUGCAGGCACUCCCUGCCCAUUGUGUCGGACAAUUAUUUCCAGAGUCUUUUUCCAGACAGAACUGAACAAUGCCACAAAAACAUUCUUUACUAAGGAAUAUUUGAAAAUAAAACAAAGCUUUCAAAAAUCCAGCUCUGCAAAAUGGCCCCUACCAAGCUGUAGAAAAGCAUUCCACCUUUUUGGAGGUUUCCACAGACGUGCAGCUCCAGUUACAAGGCAGUUCCCACAUGGUGCACAUAGGAUGGAUUAUCUGCACUUUGAGGAUGAUAGCCGUGGAUGGUGGUUUGACAUGGAUAUGGUGAUCAUCUAUAUUUAUUCAGUGAACUGGGUCAUUGGAUUCAUUGUUUUCUGCUUUCUUUGCUAUUUUUUCUUUCCGUUUUAGGAAUUUUCAUACCUUACUAUAGUUGAACAAUCACAAAUGAUGUAGAUAACCAUUACUUAAACAUUUUCUAAAUGUCUUUGAAGUUUUUAUAAUGUUGCAUUAUAUAAAUUGUGGUGUUUAUAGAAAGUCUGAGAGUAAUGGACUUAUUUAUUAUGUUUUUAAUGUAAUAAACUAAACUCUAUUCAAGAGGUAAUAUAUCUAGCACCUGGCAACAAAGCACUACUGAUUUCGUAGUUCUUGGUUUAGGAUUUGUGGGCUCUAAUUUUACAUCACUUUUAUGCUUAUCUUGAUUGUAAAGACUGAGAUUUUCCCUCUACUUAAAAAUAGUCAAAAUACAAAAUGAAAUAAUCUGAACAUAUAGUAUCUUUAUUGCUAACAUAUUUAGUCAACUACCACUUAUUCUCAGGCAAAUUAUGUGCAUUAAAGAUAAACAAUAUUCUCUGGGAAUUAAUCUAGCAGGGUAUAUUCAGUUUUGGUUUCUAAUUAUCUCUACUUAUAUCUUCUAUUACCAAGAAAGCUGACUGUCCUUUUUUUACAGACCUAAUAAUUGUGUUAGUGCAAUAAUUUUAAUUACUAUAAGAACAGAAUAGUAAAUACAGAACAAAAACUGAGACUAGCCCCCACCAGUAGACACAUACAGAAAUAUAUUAAAACUUUUUGAACUUCAGGAUUACUCACCUAAAGAAAUAAAAAGUUAACUAACUUUCAGUAGUCUAACAAGAGCAAUGCAUGUCCAAAAUGUAAUUAAUUUAGUAAUUCAUUUAACUCAAGGUUAUCAAGUAUAUUGUACAUGCACAAUAAAGAAUGACUUCUGAAUUUUUUUAAUUGUUAUCAAAUGAUUUAAUGCAUGGAAUAAGAAAUAGGCUUAUGGUUUACAGAAAGGAAACAUGAAAUUUUUGUUUAUUAUUAUAGUAAUCCUUGGAAUUAGUUUUUAUCUUAAUAAAAAAAUAGGAAAUCUGAAUUAUCUCAAAUGGGAAGGAAUUGGGCCAGGUAUCCCAACUUUAAGAGUAAAAAAAUUAAAACAGAGAGAAUUAAGCUUAUUUAUUUCAGUCACUCAAGAUGGUCUUUGUGUAACUCGACAAAAGUUUUGAUUAUGAACUAUUCAUCCAUUUCUACACUAUAAUGUCAUAUCUGAUAAUGUAAUAGGCAUAUCUUUUCAUAAAUUAACUGAACCUCUCAUGGCACUAAAAAUUUUAUCGCCAUCUAAACAAAUUGGGAUUAAUCAGGCUUCAACAUUUCAGUCUAUGAUAAGUCCAGACUUGGCCUAAUUACUUCUGACUGUAUUUGAAUAAAAACACUUAACUGACAGUAUGUGGUGUUCUAAGAAAUAUGGAAGAAUGGUACAGAUUUUUAUUCUAAUACUGUUGUUAUAGUAUUUAAAAUUACAUCUGUAAAGGAAAACAAUAGCAUAGAAAUCAUCAAAUCCAGAAAGCAGAAAACUAAAUACAUUUUAGAAGCACAGAGAUAAAUUUUUGCUCAUAUGUGAUAAUAAAAUAUAUAAAUAAAUUAUGCUUGAAGUCUAGUGACAUGUAACUGAUACCAUGGUGAAACAAUAUUGUCAGCAAAGCUUGGUAUUACCUUAGAGAAAUAAAAUAUCACUAAUUUAUUGCUCAAAGGAAACAUAAUAUAAGUAAAAUAUCACCUAAAAUAUAUGCCAUGACUGAAAAAUUAACACAUAUAUGGGAGGAGGCAUAUUUUAAGAACUUUAAAAUAAAUAGCAGCCAUUUCCUAGGCAACUCCAGGCUAAUAAGCUCUAGCAAAUAUGCCUUCAUUCAUUUUUAAAUUACUUAAAAAGUUGAUUACAACUACACAUCAAGUAAAGUAAAAUAAGUAGCAUUAUAGAUAUAGAUUUCUGAGAAAUAAAGUUGAUUCCCAGUUAUAUUUAUGCUAGUGAUACAUAUCAGUUUAUAAAUGUUUAUCUAUAAACUUAAUACAAAGAUAUAUAGUACCCUUAAAUAAAGGCAAUACCCUUAAAUAUAAAAUUCCCUUAAAAAAAAGAAUAAUCUGGAGAAUCCUAAAUGCAUUGACUACAUGCAUCAUGAUUGAUAACUAUCUGAGAAUUACAUCAUUUGGCAUAUAAAAAUUAAAGGUAAAUAUGGAAAAUAAUUAUAAAUUUCUAAUUUUACUUUAAAAUAUUUUUAAAACUUCAUGCAAAUAAAGCUAGCUAAAAGCUGCUAAAUAUAAUAUUAAUAAGUAGAGCAUUUCCAAGAGCUACCAGUUCAUGAAAAGCUAGAUAAAGCCUGAAAAUGAAUAGAAACCAGUCCAAAUGGCCUAUGUCUUCAAGAAAUAAAUGAAUGAGAGUAAAUUUUAUCCUAAUUUUUCUCCACUCAAAGAGAAUUUCAAGAAUUUCUAUUCUACAACUUCCAACUACUCUGAGAUUUCUACCAUCUUAGUUUCCGUCCUUAGUUCCUAAAAGAAUACAGUGGUAGAAUAGACUAUUUGUAUGUGUGUGACAGUGUACUGUAUAAAUCUUUUUAAAACUUUUCUAACAACUUUGGUUAUCUAUGCAGACUUUACUAGAAAUGGAAACAAUACCUAGCUUCUGCUAGGCUAUUAGGUCAACAUGAACAAAUAACUAAAAAUACUUUUACCAAAUAUAUAGGGCAUUAGUGGAUGAUUCGGCUUAAAAUAUAUGCUCUGCAGCAAAUGUGAAUUUUACUUUGGAGGUUUCCAGGAGAGCAAUUUAAAAGAGGCAAGCAGAAAUUCUCCAGAGUAACUGAAACCAAAGUAUAAGAAACUCAUUCAUUGUAAGGUAACCAAGGUAUAAGAAGCUGGAAUUUUAAGGUAUAUUAUAAAUUUAAGACACGGUGGCAGAGAAAAAAAAUGCAUCCAAACAAGACUACUAAAUCGAAUGUUAAAUUAAAAACAUCAAACUGCAACUCAUAUGGGCAACUCUAUAUAAUGUGCUUAAAUGAAUACAGCAGAAAUUUUUUAAUUUGUAUUAUAUUCUACUGAAUAACAUACAGUAUGGGCAAGAUACAGUUUUUCACAUUUUUAACAAGCAUUUCCUGUGUUAUUCAAUCUUUCACAAUUAGAAUACAUAAAAAUUUUUUUACCAGUUUUCCUUUCCUUAUGAUGAAUUUGCUAUUUUUUUAAUAGCUUUAAAACACAUUAUUAAAAAAA